AUGUGUGAUUCAACAGACAUUGAGACACAAUGUCAUCACGGCUCAAGCGAGGAACGCCGUACAGAGAUCAAUGAGUCAGGGCUGAAGCCACCUGCUCCACAUGCCAGGGAGGCGGGCUUAUUGUCAGGAAGUGAUGCGUGGCAAGGUAAAGCUGAGGUCGAACCUUUGACCCCCCAGUUACGGCUCAACGACAGCCCGGUCGAGCUGUGGCUGGACGCGUGCCAGUACCUGGCAGGAGAGACACAAGUGUCAGGUUGCGACCCCGAUGGGAGCGAUGGGAUUGGCUGGGCCGAUGAUGACACCAGGGGUUGGGGGCCACGGGUUGAGAGGUGGUCAUCCGUGGACAGCUGGGCAACUGCACUCUCAGACUGGACAGGGAUCAUCGAGGUUCCGCCAGAGGACUUCACAGCUGCCUUCGCAGAGAUCGGAGCUGAGAUAGAUGCUCUGACGCACGCAUUGACUGAAGUGAAUACUCCUGGUGACAAAAAGGGACACAACCUCCAACCAACAGAGCAGGCACAACCACAGUUGGCUAUGGGCGUUCAGGAUCAGGCACCAAAGGAGCAAAACAUCCCAGAGAGCUCUUUUCACUCAAGUCAAAGCUGCCUUUCUUUCUGUCUCGAAGCUCCGGGAUUUGGACUCUGCGACAGAAACAGUUCCCAGAGUGAAGAAUCCUUGUGUGACUCAACACAAGAGGGAAAGUAUCCAGAGGAAUCAGAAAGCUCUCCUUACACCACCUCCGAGCACUCAUUCAUGGGUUCAUCCGAUGUCACGGUGGGGUCCCUCGGAGGAUACGGCACUGGAUCUACCUGCUACGGCGAUUUGGACGUUUGUCAGCUUGAUGACUAUGUUACGUCUUUGGACACAGAUGUUUUCAUCAGCAAGAGAGACACAGUCCCUCUGAGUAUAACAGAAGACACAGAUUUGGACUGUCCGGCAAAGACCUUUAGAGAUGGACUGUGUGAAGUGACAGACGAAUGCAGUAUCCCCCAGCUGGACUGGAGAUGUCGUCUAGCUGAGGCCGGCAAGGAGGAGAACCAACCUGCAGAAGAUCCUGAGUUCUUCACCACACGUGCGCUAACAGGCUCACGUGCGCCAGGUGUGGACACGCAACCUGGCCAGCAUUUUAAUGUCUACACACACUUGCCAUUCGACACUUUGCCAGACCUUGAUGGGGUAUGUCAGGUGGGGCCACCGAGGGAGAGUCCUAAGUUUAUUAUGCCCUUAGCCCCACUGAGCAUCGGCUCCUCCCUCGUGUGUCGAACAAGCAGCAGCUUGGAAGGAGAUCAGACUUUUUCCAAAAGGCAUCUCAAUGACAGAGACCUCAGUUGUGAGUUGUUACGAUGCUGCACCGUGGCGCCAGCCUCAGAUGGAAUUACUGGCAAGCUAUCCCCGGAAAGUGAAGAGCUGAUUCGUCAAAAGGAGAAUACAGAACACACUGCUGAGAAACCUUCACCAGAGGUGGAAAAAGGCACAAGUGAUGCUUCACAUUGUUCCUUUACUGCAGAAAAAAAUACGUUUAAGGAGAUUACUGACUUAAACAGACAACUUGAAAACUUGAUUGCAGCACCUGGGGAUCAUCUGUUCAUCUCGAAGAAGAACCGCGUUGCAUGCAUCACUUUAAAUUUAUAUGAACCGUUCACCUCCAGGGCUGCGACUUCAAUUUCUAUAGCUGCACAGACUGAAAAUCAGAAAAUAACUGAAAACAUGCCUCACAAGACUCACAAGGGCUCUGCCGAGAACAAGUCACGCUCCAAAAAGGAAAGAUCAACUGGACAUUAUCAUGGUGCACAAGGCCCUAAGAAGCAGGACAACAUACCUCACCUCGGUUCCACGCAGCAGAGCUGCAAGAAGAAUGAAGCACAUCCUGCCACCGCUGACAAUCACAACAGCGAGAACACGACAGCUGGGCUUGAAGACAAGGAGGAGAAAUUGGUGAUUGAUACUGAUGUUUUGAAUGAGAAAAGUACAACCAAGGCGCACGGCAAGAAGAAAAAGAAGCAUGUUCAGAGUGCAGUGUCAGCUGUGGGUCUCGGGGAGCCACUGGCUGAGGUGGAAAACGGAGCAAAACCAAAAACUGCAAAAGGUCGACUUGACCUUUCUGAGGCCAAGCCGGAUGCUAAAGCUCAAAAAGACAGUGACCAGACAGAUAUUGCUCAUAAAAAGGCCCAAUUGGAGGUUACAGCAACCCAGGGAGAACCCAAACCUCCUCACCACACUGACCACCAGCCCAAAAAAUUCACCAGUCCCCUCAAAGAUGACGCCAUCAAGAGGCGACGUCUGUCAGAAGAUAAGUUUGGGAAGCUCGUGAGUGCUUUGGAGUCCAAACUGCCCGGUCCGCCACCGAAGGCGAAGGCAGACGAGUUCAAAGCGGACGUCAGCGCAAAUCGCAAGAAGGCGUACAGCGAAGUGGUCAAACAGAGACUCCCACCCAAGGAAGAACUCAAGGUGGUGCAGCCAAUCCAGGCGGUGUCUGUGAGCGGGGACCCUCAGAGUUUGUGCUUGUGGUGUCAGUUUGCUGCUGUCUUCUCCGACUACACCGUGACCUGGAGCCGAGAGGGGACUGUUCUAGCUGAGCUCAAGAGAAGUGCAGGGGAUGAGAGCAGAGUGUCAGUGACCAUCAGCAAUGCUUCUCACAAAGAUCUCGGCAAGUACCAGUGUCGUCUCAGCACCUCUCAUGGGUCAGUCACCCUGGAUUAUGUGCUCACAUAUGAAGUGCUCAGUGAGAUUGUCAUCCCUCUAUCUCCAAAGAUAAUUUCAGCUGCUGAGGUGGAGCUGGUCAGUGAAGAGGAAGACGUCCAGUUCUCCAAACUGAUGUUCAAGGAGGACUUCCUGUCAGAGCAGUACUUUGGAGAGAACAAACCGAUCAGCAUCCUCACCGAGAAGGUCCACUUUGGGGAAGGGAUGCACCGGCGGGCCUUCCGGACCAAGCUGCACGGGGGCCAGAUCCCCCUGUUAGUGCCAGGACAUCCCUGUGUGCUCAAAGUGCACAACUCCAUCAGCUACGGGACCAAAAACAACGAGGAGCUCAUUCAGAAGAAUUUCACUUUGGCUGUGGAGGAGUGUCACGUCCAGAACACGGCCCGAGAGUACAUCAUGGCGUACACUGCUGCGGCUCAGGCCAUCGAAGCGUUCGGAGACGUCCCAGAGAUCAUUCCCAUCUACCUGAUCCACCGCCCUUCCAACGACAUCCCGUACGCCACGCUGGAGGAGGAGCUGAUCGGAGACUUUGUGAAGUAUUCGGUCAAGGACGGCAAGGAGAUCAACCUGAUGAGACGGGACUCCGAGGCGGGACAGAAGUGCUGCGCCUUCCAGCACUGGGUCUACCAGAAGACCGAGGGCAACCUGCUGGUCACGGACAUGCAAGGUGUGGGUAUGAGGCUUACUGAUGUGGGAAUAGCCACCUGUAAGAAGGGCUACAAAGGAUUCAAAGGAAACUGUGCCACGUCCUUCAUCGACCAGUUCAAAGUGUUGCACCAGUGCAACUUCUACUGCGAGCUCCUCUGCCUCAAAUCCCUGCAGCCCAAACCCAAAAAGCCCGCAGCUGCCCCCAAACCCAAACCCCAGCCCUCUGCGGCCCCCAAAAAGAAAACGUUUGGGCCAACGCUGAAGGGCAAGUCGUAAAAGUGGAGGAACGUCGGGUUCGCUUUGAAAUCUUUCUUUGGACUUCAUGACGCCGUUCCACAGGUCACCGAAGAGAAAAUAAUCCAUCACUCAUUAAACAAAGGACUCUGGCAACUGUGGAUUUUUCCUUCUCUCCAUCUCGUGUUAAUUAUUUGGGGAAGAAAUGUUCAUCUUGUUAGCGUAUGUUGUAUUUAUCGUCACACGUUUUGGAAAAACUGUGAUCCUUUCGAGGAAGACUUGAACGCGAUGAGUGUGUCUACAGUUCUGAACUGUCAUGUCUUAGACUGCUUGAGUUUCUUUUACAGACGUUUUCUUGUUUUUUCUACUUCUGAUGUUUUCGGACUAAUAGUUCAUUAAAUUAAUGGACUGGUUGAUUAAUUAAUUAGGGGAAAUGUCCUUGAAGUAGCAAGUAUGAGUUUUUUUUUUUUUUUUUGUUUGACGUGAGAGACGACAAAAUGUUUUUGAUGAAGAUAUUUCAAGUUUGUUAUUGUUUUAUUGUAUUUGCGAAGCUAGUGAUGUUUUACGUUUAUA